AGAUGUGGAAGAUGUGGAAGAUGUCGAAGACAUGGAAGACGUGGAAGAGGUGGAGGUGGUGGAGGUAGGGAGAGUUGGAUUGAAGUCCAAAGCCGUAAACGAGAAGACACCGGCUCGCCGUAUCUCAGCGAGGAAAAAGAGCACAAGAGGACCGGACGGGCGAUGGAUAAGGGGAGCGAAGGGGGAUGGAGGAGGAGAAGGCAAAAUUCAUGACGAAGGUCACUCACGCGGGUGGCGGGGCCGGGACUUGGCCUCUAACGACGGAUCCGGAGAACCACUAGCUGUGAAACGUCUCAAAACACAAGAUCGAUACACGCCACAGCCCGCCAGUGUUUCGAGGUCCCGAGCAGUAGGUGCCACAAAGCUUGUUGACGCCUCGAAGUCUGCUGGUACCUCGAAGUCUGCCGGGUCCUCGAAGUCUGCCGGGUCCUCGAAGUCUGCCGCUACCUCGAAGUCUGCCGCUACCUCGAAGGCUGCCGCUACCUCGAAGGCUGUCAGUACCUCGAACUCUGCCGGUUCCUCGAAGCUUGUCGACACCAUUCGCCGCAUGCCUGUGUACCAGCUGCCACGGCCCGAAGCAACCCUGUCAUCGGCACUGGUGGGCAAUUCUGAGUCCGGAAAUUCUGGUUCACGAAACCUCGUUUUAGGUGUUCAGCUUUCUGUUCUGCAAACCCGGAUGAUCGAAACGUUUCUGGGGUACCCACACGAGUCACUGGACACGGACAGCGUUCAGAAGCGGGUGCGGAUCAUUGAGAACCACCCAUAUGCCUUCGCCAGUCAAAUGGGGAAGCACUACACUAGCAACCUACCAGUGUCAUUGCCAGUGGUCACGGCAGCAGCGGACAAGUCCACGCGGAAGGCCCGAGACCACUGGCAGAACCUCGACGAUGCACAUGCCCAUGCGAAUGAGUGGGUGCCGGUUCCGGAUGCUGAAGUCGAGGACAAGCACAAUUUGAACUUCGAUCAACAGGUCUCAGGCCUAGACCCUGUUCUGUUGGCAAGCCUGAAGAAAGGCCGGACCCAGUCACCUACUCCCGAGCCCACCAGAAGCCCAAGACCGACUUCCCUAAAACCGUGGCCGACAACCAUCGCGACAGACUUGGAGAUUCGGGCCCUCAAGGCCUCUCCCCGGAUGGAGGUGCUGGUUGGGCUCCUCGAGGCUGCUGCCGGCUCAGGACGCGCCGUCGUCGUGCUCUCGCAUUCGGCCAUAACACUCGGAGUAUUGCAAUCGUUCCUCCACGAGAUGGGCAUCACCGCCAUGAUGCUCCUCAACCCAACCAUCCCCGUUGAAAAGCGCCGCGAGAUGCUCCGAGAAUGCCCAAAACAUGUCUGGCUGAUCUGGGCAUGCAAUGACAUUGUUCGCGGUCUCGACGAGCUGGAAGUAUUUCAGUGCAUCUUUCUCAUGGAGUGGGAUAUGGGCAACUCGAGCAUGCUCGCCCGUUGGUUCGACAAAGACGCAGCGGUGUAUUCCUUCCGGUCGAUUGUGGGGGAUGGGCACAGCGAAGGCCUAGUCCAGGGGAUCAAGGGGCUUCGUGUGGAAUACGGCGGGCUGGGGAUUGAGAUGUACGAGGGCAACGAGCUCUUGCGACAGUGCAAGAGUCAGUUGGAACAAGCAGGAGUCAUGGUAAAAUACGAGUAGAGUAAUAGUUAUGGGCGAUUUUUUUUGCGGAAGGGGUGGGAUGUAUUCGCAUUAGAUACCUGUGAUGAAGUUCUGCAGCUUCCGGUAGUCCAAGAAUGCGAGAGAAUGUACCGUAGCUCCACGGACACGAAACCGUCACCAAGUUCCG